GCAUUCUGGCCUUUGUUCCGCACCGCGCCUGCAUCUCACCCAACAGCUGAGCUCACAGCCGAGCCUCCUUCCUUCCUGCUGACAGCACGGUGGUUCUCCCAGAUCAUAAUCCUCUCGUCUCCUCCAUUUCGACCAUUUCCUUCCAGUUCGUGUUUUCCUCACUCUCCAGCUAAAUUGCACGCAACCUUGGCAGCUUCCUGUUAGGAUUAGACGCCUUAAUGUGCGUUAUGCGUUUUACGUCCCACUCGCUACACUUCUCCCACCACCUACUCGCUCGACAAUGGAUCACCUUACUACGACGUGCCAAAAGCAAGAGGAUUUCCUGACAGCCAACAGCAAGCUCACAGAAGACUCUCACGCCUCACCCACUCAUUCUGCCGCCUCGUGCCUGGCUCCAUUCUGUCAGGCGGAAAGCCAUCGGCCAUGCGAAUGCGCGCAUUCCGCCUUCCAGUUCUUCCCCACUACUCCCGUCCGCCACCCUCCCUCCCCGCGCUCCACCCCCGCUUCUCCCAACCAUUCCGCCCCUCACGCUCCCCUCGCUCCAGCUGCCGACGUGGCCACCACGGCGCUCCCGAUAAGGCUUAGUCUUUGGCCCACGGCUGACUCAUACGCGAUAAAGGACAAAGCCGAAGUCAGAGCGGAAGGCGAAGAGCAACCACCAGACAUCACCGGCGUGCAGAACGCUCCAUCCCCACCUCAAGCCGCGCCAACCGCCGACGCUGCUCCACACCGCCAGAAGCCAGGCCCCAGUGAGGAGCAGCCGGCAUCAGACGCUAAGACUAAGCCUUUGAAGACCCGGGAGAGAAAAGACGCGGCAGAACCAGCGGAAAAGGCGCCGGCACCAGAGAGGAAGCCAGUGAGCAUCCAACCCGCGCCUGCUCCCGUUGCCGCUCCCACUCUCAUCCCUUCAUUCCUAUCAUCCGCUGGCGGCCGCGGCAUGCCGGCUCUACCGCCCGUGCCGGCCGCAACCGCCUGGUGGGGGCCGUUCGUCCCCUUCCCGCCUCCCCUGGUGCCGCUGCAGCCGCAGAAGCAGCUGCUGUCGCACCAGCCGCUACAGCCGCUACAGCCGCAGCAGCAGCUGCAGCAGCAAAUUCAUCAGCGGUUACAGCAACAGCUUCAGAAGGCCUCGGCGCCAGGCGCGCAGCCGUGCAUCUACUUCUGCCCGCCCCCGGUCAUUUCCAUUCCAUCCGCCGCCGCAGAUGCCGCUUCCUGGAGCCAGCACUUCCCGCAGAUGCCGCCGCCGCCUCCUCCGCUGGCGCCGCUGGCUCCGACCUCCCCGACUCGCGCGGACGUUGCUAACGAGCAGCGCUUGGUGGGAAAGCCCGGGCUUCCUUCCGCUGCGAUUGGCGGAAAUUCGGGUUUCCGCCCGUGGAGGCAGUCUAAGGAGCACCACGAGUCCACUUCCGCCGAUUCGUCCCCCGUCCAUCCGGGUCCCGCCUGUGCCUCCGCGGAACCAUGCCACGUCAGCAACCCGUUUCUCAGGCCCUUCACGGUGCCGCUUUCGGGCUUGGCGCAUCUUCCCUCGCGGCCUUCCCCCCUCCCCUUGUGCGGCGUUGCGCCUUCGAUUGCGCCCACUAUGGUUGCGCGGAUGAUGUCCACAGGGGGGCUCGGCGGAGCCGGCUGCGCUCAGCUUCCGCCGUUUGGGUGGCCGUUCCCCGGGUAUGGGGAAGUGGCGGCGAGUAUGAGGCCGAGCUCUCUUAUGGCGCUAGAAGGGCAUGCUUUUAUCGGGGAUAAGAGAAGGCUGGGAGAGGGGAAGAGCGCCGAUGGUGGGGAAGAAGACGCGCACGCGCGGAAGCGGCGCAGGCGGAGGGGGAGCGUGGAGCACACAGUAAGCGGAGAAAACGCGGAGGCUGGGGGGAAGCGGGGGGCGCAUGUGGGGCAUCAGGCCAGGGAGAACGGGGGGGAAGUGGGGGAGGGAGCGGAGAGGGUGGGGCAUGGGAAGGGGGAGGGAGGCGAGGAGAAGGAGUGCAGCAACUGCGGCACGCACACCACACCGUUCUGGCGCAAGGACCGGUCGGGGAGCGGGCAGCACCUGUGCAACGCGUGCGGGCUGUACCUCGCUAAGAACGACGCCCCCCGGCCGGCCGUGCUGUGGAAACGAGACGCACAUGGAUCCCAUGACACAUCAUCGCAUGACUCAGCGCACCACGAGGCAGCACACCAUGGUGCAACCCACCCUCCAAUCCCCCACCAAGCUCCAUCUGCUGCCGCCGCUGCUGGUGCCGCCGAUGCUGCUGCUGUUAUUUCGCCUGUUCUUGAGGCCCACUUGGCUGCUGCUGCGCCUCACGGCCAUGUCUCGCCUGCCCUGGUCUCUCUACCUCCUCCACCUCCAACUGUGAACUGACCGUCUGGUGCAUUGAGGUCUGCACUCACUGCUGCUGCACUGCCGGGCACUCACUCUGCUCCGCAGCUCACGUUGCUAUCGCCCGCCGCAGCCAUGGUCCCCCUGUCCUUGUCUUGCCUCCAUCUCACUGUUACACCGGCUGUUACACCGGCUGUUGCACCAAUUGCCGCAUCCUCUCUGCAUAAACUCCUAAUAGCUACCCAGAUUUUAUCUGCAUCUGCACAACGUCCUCCCAUUCCUCCACUUCAUGUUGCAGACAAGGCAUCAAACCUUGCUGCAACUCCCUUCCCUGGACCACUGGGGGAACUCUUUCUGGCUUUGGAUUACACACUCUGGUCGUACCCUACCCUAGGCAUCAGUUGGACUCUGUGAAACCAGGGGGGUUUGCUGUAAUGCAUUGCUCAUAUCCUAGACCUACUUAGGAUGUAGAUAUGGAGUUUUUCCAGCCUUCAAAGGCUGUAAGGCUUCAGAGCAGGAAGCUUGUAAUGGCCUGCUUAGAAGUUUCCAGGUUUAAGAUGAACUCUUUGGUUGAGGAUUAGCAAUGUAAAUAUGAUAU